UGCCUCCUUGAGAAUGAGCCCAUCAGCCGCACAAAUUCGCAGCGGGCGUCCGGGGCAGCGGUCGCAGCCGCGGCGGAGGCUCUGCACUCCCGAGUCCUGCGUCCUCGGCAGGCGCCCGAGGCUGAGCGCGCAUCCUCCGCCGCACCCAACCUUCGCCUGUCUUUUCAAGCUCUACAUGCUGCCCAACUAAAAGGAAAACAUGGGCACAGGGGAUUUUAUCUGCAUUUCCAUGACUGGAGGGGCGCCCUGGGGGUUCCGACUGCAAGGUGGCAAGGAGCAGAAGCAGCCCUUACAAGUUGCAAAGAUUCGAAAUCAGAGCAAAGCCUCAGGGUCUGGGCUCUGUGAGGGAGAUGAAGUGGUUUCUAUCAAUGGCAACCCUUGUGCAGAUCUCACCUACUCUGAAGUCAUCAAGCUCAUGGAAAGCAUAACAGACUCUCUCCAAAUGCUCAUCAAAAGACCAUCCAGUGGAAUAAGUGAGGCUUUGAUGUCUGAAAAUGAAAACAAAAACCACGAGCAUCUCACACGUGGAGGGUAUGUGGAAAGUACGACCCUGCAGAUUCGACCAGCCACAAAGACCCAGUGCACAGAGUUCUUCCUUGCCCCUGUCAAGAGUGAAGUUCCCCUAGCUGAAGACCAAAGAAGUAGUCUCGAUUUUGCAGGGAAUUUGAAGGAAGAAACAGGCCUGAGCUACCAAAGGGCUCCCCAAAUGCCUGACUCCCAAAGAGGGCGCAUGGCAGAAGAGCUGAUCUUAAGGGAGAAGGCAGAAGUAGAACAGCCCGGCCCUGUGGUUGAGCUGCAACUCUCCCUUUCCCGGGAGAGACAUAAAGGCACAAGUGGCCCUUUAGUGGCUCUCCCGGGAGCUGAAAAAUCUGAGUCUCCUGACCCAGACCCUAGCUUGUCACAAGACAGAAUUGUUCACAUAAACUCAAUCCCUACCAAUGAGAAAGCAGACCCUUUCCUGAGGUCCAGCAAGAUAAUCCAGAUCUCCAGUGGCAGAGAGUUGAGAGUGAUCCAGGAAAGUGAAGCAGGGGCUGCAGGACUGCCCCAGGUGGAAGUGAUCCUCGACUGCUCUGACAGGCAGAAGACAGAAGGGUGCAGGCUUCAGGCAGGAAAGGGGUGUGUGGAUUCUCCAGUGGAAGGAGGGCCGUCAGAAGCACCUCCUUCUCUGGUAUUCUUUGCCGUCUCAUCAGAAGGCACAGAGCAGGGAGAAGAUCCACACUCAGAAAAGGAUCACAGCAGACCUCACAAGCACCGAGCGCGGCAUGCACGGCUCAGGAGGAGUGAAAGCCUGUCAGAAAAACAAGUGAAGGAAGCAAAAUCUAAAUGCAAAAGCAUUGCCCUGCUUCUAACAGAUGCUCCCAACCCCAACUCCAAGGGGGUGUUGAUGUUUAAGAAGAGGCGUCGGAGGGCCAGGAAAUACACCCUAGUUAGCUACGGUACUGGCGAGCUUGAGCGAGAGGCGGACGAGGAGGAAGACGGUGACAAGGAGAAUACAAGUGAAGCCGCAUUUCUUGGUGCAAGCGAGUCAGAGGUGGAUGAAGAGCUACUGUCUGACAUUGACGACAGCACACAGGUUGUGAACUUUGACUGGGACUCCGGACUGGUGGACAUUGAAAAGAAACUGAACAGAGGGGACAAGAUGGAGAUGUUACCAGACACCACAGGCAAGGGAGCCCUCAUGUUCGCCAAGCAGAGGGAGAGAAUGGAUCAGAUCACAGCCCAGAAAGAAGACGACAAGGCGGGUGGAAUGCCAAGCAGAGAACAAGAUGCUGCCCGGACACAUGGCCUGAGAACCAUGACUUCAUACCAAAGAAAGGAGGAAGAGUCGGUCAGAACGCAGAGCUCUGUGAGCAAAAGCUACAUCGAGGUGAGUCAUGGUCUUGGCCAUGUGCCCCAACAGAAUGGCUUCAGUGGGGCAUCUGAGACAGCAAACAUCCAGAGGAUGGUCCCCAUGAAUAGAACAGCCAAACCCUUCCCAGGGUCUGUGAACCAGCCAGCCAACCCCUUCUCGCCAACCCGAAACAUGACGAGUCCCAUUGCUGACUUUCCUGCACCUCCACCUUACUCUGCGGUCACUCCUCCCCCUGAUGCCUUCUCCAGAGGCGUCGCAAGUCCGAUUGCUGGCCCAGCACAGCCGCCUCCGUGGCCCCAGCCUGCCCCAUGGUCCCAGCCAGCCUUUUACGAUUCAUCUGAGCGAAUAGCUUCCCGAGAUGAGAGGAUCUCAGUGCCAGCAAAAAGAACAGGAAUAUUGCAGGAAGCCAAAAGGAGAAGCACGACAAAACCCAUGUUUACUUUUAAAGAGCCCAAAGUAAGUCCAAAUCCUGAACUCUUGUCACUCCUUCAAAAUUCAGAAGGCAAACGGGGCACUGGAGCUGGAGGUGAUUCCGGACCGGAAGAAGACUACCUCAGCUUGGGAGCAGAGGCUUGCAAUUUCAUGCAAAGCACCUCUGCCAAACAAAAGACCCCACCUCCUGUUGCUCCAAAACCUGCAGUCAAGUCCUCAUCCUCCCAACCAGUAACUCCAGUCUCCCCAGUCUGGUCUCCAGGAGUGGCUCCCACCCAACCUCCGACCUUCCCCACAUCCAGCCCAUCAAAGGGCACCGUUGUCUCCUCCAUCAAAAUAGCCCAGCCUUCUUACCCUCCUGCCCGGCCUGCAAGUGCUUUAAACGUGGCUGGUCCCUUCAAAGGACCCCAAGCAGCAGUAACCAGUCAGAAUUACACGCCCAAACCAGCAGUUCCCACGCCAACAGUCAAUGCUGCUCAGCCUGGCGCAGUGGGACCAUCCAAUGAGCUUCCAGGAAUGAGUGGGAGAGGAGCUCAGCUCUUUGCUAAAAGGCAGUCGAGAAUGGAGAAGUAUGUGGUCGAUUCAGACACAGUGCAGGCCCACGCUGCUCGAGCUCAGUCUCCCACCCCAUCUCUCCCAGCCAGUUGGAAGUACUCCUCCAAUGUCCGAGCACCUCCUCCUGUGGCUUAUAAUCCCAUCCACUCCCCCUCCUACCCACUAGCUGCUCUCAAGUCUCAGCCGUCAGCUGCACAGGCCUCCAAAGUGGGCAAGAAAAAGGGGAAGAAACCACUCAAUGCAUUAGAUGUCAUGAAGCACCAACCAUAUCAGCUCAACGCAUCCUUGUUUACUUUCCAGCCUCCAGAUGCGAAGGAUGGCCUCCCCCAAAAGUCAUCAGUCAAGGUCAAUUCAGCCCUGGCCAUGAAGCAAGCUCUUCCUCCUCGGCCAGUGAAUGCUGCCUCACCUACAAAUGUGCAGGCUUCCUCAGUAUACUCGGUCCCAGCCUACACCUCUCCCCCAUCCUUCUUUGUAGAGGCCUCCUCACCAGUCAGCGCGUCCCCGGUGCCUGUGGCCAUUCCCACCUCGCCAAAGCAAGAAUCAGCCUCUUCAUCUUAUUUUGUGGCACCAAGGCCAAAGUUCUCAGCCAAGAAAAGUGGGGUCACAAUUCAGGUGUGGAAACCAUCUGUUGCAGAAGAGUAAUCUUGUAGCUGAAGCUGAGUGUCCACUUUGCUUAAAAUGCUUUGUUUGCAGUGUUACUUGAGUCCCUGAGAAUGCCUAGCAAAGUCCUCAACUUACUUAAUUACAGAUAUGUCACCUCCCAAUCUGGGUCCAAGGAGUAAAAUAUUUUUAAGGAGUCAAAAAUCCAACUCAGAUUGACCUAACAUGUAUUUAUCUUCUUUGCACACUUAAAAAAAUCCAGGAGCACUUCAAAAUAGACAGGUACCAUUUUAUUAAGUAAGCAGGAUACUUAGGAUGUAUGCAGUGGCCACAAGAAAGACAGUGAUCAGUGUUAUCAAACAUUAGCAAUCAGCCUUUAUGUAACACAACAGCUGUGCUCCUAUGGUGACAGGUUCAAAUGUAGUGAAGAUAUAACCUAUAUUGACUGAAAUUUCCCUUUUAGGUAGUGCCUUUCUCUAUUACUGGUAUUAAAGGAAUAAGAAAUCUACUGAGGACAGGGAGCAGCUCUGGUCUGUCAAUCUCAGCCACCUGUUUGGUAUCACAGAGGAGGUACUUGGGAGGAUUGUUGGAAUGUAUAUAGUUUAGUAAGAAAUGGGUAAGAGGGUCUUAGCGAUUACUGAGCACUUACAAUGUGUUAGGUUCUUUGUCAGAUGUUUUUACAUAUAUUAACAUUUCAGAAGACUUAUUUAAAGUAAAUGGGGUUAGGCAUGAUGGUUCAUACCUGGAAUCCCAGCACUUUGGGAGGCCGAGGUGCGCGAUCGGCUUGAGGCCAGGAGUUGGAGACCAGCCUGGGCAACAUAGUAAGACCCUGUCUCAAUAAUAAUAAUAAUAAUAAUAAUAAUAAUAAUAAUAAUGAAGCAAAUUGGAUAAAGAAAGAAGGAUAAUUAUCUUUAAAGAUUGAUUCCCACCCUCCCUCACCAGUUACUUAAGGAACUAAGUGAGUACAUCUCCAGUUGCCCAUGAAAGCAUAAGUUUGUUUUCCUCAGCUGAGGCAAGUGGUAGAGUAUACAGGAUAAUGAAGUAAUAUGUAAAAAGCAGGAUGCACAUAAAGGUAUGCAUGUUUAUUGUUUUGUCUGGAGAAACCACGUGACUGGGACCUAAAGGGUUACUGAUUGCAGGGGCUGAUUGUGAAGCACGAGGAACCCCAUGUGUGUGGAGACUGUAGGGUGAGAACACACAACUUUUAGCAUCAUUUCUGAGUGACCCCACAGAUUCUUUUUCUUGUGUUUGUUUUGUUUUUUGACAACUGCUCCUCCCACGUUCCUUGCAAUUCUAUUCUCUCACCUUCACUUUGUUAUUUGUAUUUGAUGGACCAGGAUAAUUCAGGCAAGGUUACCUUGUAUAAACUUGAAUUGGCCACACACCAUGUCGUCACUUAGCUGGCUAUGAAGUGAAUAAUGGUACUGAAAGUAAACCUGAAGACCUUUCUUAGAUCUAUUUUAAGUCUGAGUCUGACCAACCAUGGAAAAUAUUCGACAUGAAUUAAUGUAGAGAACUAUAAAGUAUUUAUGACAGCUCCAAGGAAAAUCCUCUACUCCAUGCAAGAGAUAUGUUUAGAGACCUCUCAGAUAAACUUGCCUGGCUUGAGGGUACACAGCACCAUUUUAAUCCUCCGAAAAUAUCUGUAUUCCUGUUCUUUUUCUGCUGUCACUGUCAAUCUGCUGUAUUUUUCACUAUCCUAUUAAAAUAUUACCAUCUUCUUUAUCUGUUCAAUGUCCAUAUCUUAAAAUAUCUUUAUUUUGUGACCUAUUCUGAUCUAAGUAACUCCUCUGAUAUUUCUCUAUAUGGCUUCCCCAACAAUUUCAUUGGUGGCAUAUCUGUCUCUCCAUACAUUGUAAAACUGUAAGCCUUAGUAUUUCUAAGACAUAAAAAGGAGAAUUAAGUCAGCUGCAGAACAAUGGGGCUUAUUCUUCUGCUUUUUCUCUGGAAAACACUUUCAUUGCUUUUGGCGGAAAUUUACCUAGAGGUUACAACCACGGGAUGUAGCUUGGUCUCUUAUUUGCCUUUUUGGGAAAUCAAUUGAGAUUAAUACAGGAUAAAGGAAAAAAGCGAUCUAUUCAUUAUAUAACACAGUUGUUUGUAUGACUUGUUCCCUGCAAAGGAAAUCUGUUGAAUGCUUGCAUUUUGAAUUCUUUUCUAGUAGAACAACCAAAAAAGGCUUCUUACGGUGCAACAGGAAAAAAGAUCAUUUUUAUAGCUUUGCAUUCUUAACAUAGCAUUUAAAGAAUGGCAUGAAUUAGAGGAAAGGCGUGGAACACACAGGUAGUCAGUUUGAGAUCAUCGGCUCAAAAGUAUCCUAGGAUGGUAAUGACCCAGAAAUAUUUCCAGUUGUCUAGUGGUUUGUGGCAUGCAGGAAUGAGAAGUGUUUUCUUUCCACUUCCUGUUGGACAGGUGGCAAUCUUAGCAGAGCCACUAUUUGGAGUUGAUAACUAAAGACCCAAAUAACAUGACUAUAUCUUCUGGUCAUCCCAGGACUAUUUAGAGUUUCCCAAAACCUUGUGAGAGGCAUGUCAGGCAUGCAGUAAAAGCAUCUAUGACUUCAGCUGGGCACUGGCAGCAUAGGUCUCAUCUUGGACCAUAGAGUCCCACUUUAUAGGAGAUGGUGGAAAUUCCCCAAAACAAUAUCCACAGCAAAGUCUGACCUCACUCUGAGGGAGAUGGGAAGUGGGUGGGAGGACUAACCAGCUCCCUAGAGUAAGAGGAAUUUCGUUUCCCUGUCUCUCCAGUAGGGGGCUGAAUGUGCCACCUUUCGGGUUGGGUGAUCUCAGUGUGACAGAAGGGAGAGUUCGACCUGCAGACACCAGUUUCCCUACCAUGGGCACACUUUCAAUCUGAGUGUUGUUGGCUUAGCUGUGUUGGCAGUAGUUUGAUGGGUUGAUCCGCUGGUUAUGAGGUGUAAGGGACGCAGUUUUUGUUUAGUUUUUAGGAUUUUGCCUCUUCCUUUGUCCUUAGUUUAAUUUCUAGGCACGCACAUCCGUGAAGCUGGUUUUCACUGCGAGCUCAAGAGUGACAAUCAUUUCCUGUGUUCCUAUGUUAUGUUAAGUGCCUUAUGUAUAUCAUCCCAAAUCCACUGCAUGGUUUAAAUGCGGGCACUAGAAUAUAAACAAAAACGAUCAUCACAGUUUCUGACUUUCUGCAGGACCUUAAACAUUUCUUUUUCCAUGAGUUUCCCCUUAAUAAUGUGUCAAGCCUCUCAUCCUGACCGGAAUGUUGUACUGUAGUGAAUCUUCAUAACCCUUGAGAUUCUAGGAGCAAGGAAGGUUCAGUGGACAUGUAAGUACAGCAUCUUCCCCUCAGUCUUCUAGGAGGCCACAGUGAGUCCCAGAACUGGUAAGACUGGCAAUCUGAGCAUUGUAACUUUAAUCUCAGAACAUUUAUCAGGUUGACACAUCCUGUUUUUUAGAGAGGAAAAAAAAAACAUAGUUUCUGCAUUGACAGUGUAAAGCAUACCUUGUUAGGAACAUGUUUUGUAAGACACAUUUGGGUUUUCAUUCUAGAGCAUGUCAAACUUUGUACUUCAAAAUAUAUCUAGUAUGAUUGUUAGUGAUAACACAUAUAAAGGCUUUGCAUGAACUGUUUUAUUUAAUUUUCACAAGAAGCACUUAUUUUAACCAUAGGAAAACCAAUCUGAGUGACAAAUAAUUCUUUAAAAUAAGCCAGGGUUAUUUAGCUAUUCUAGAAAGUGCCAACUUCUUGCAAGAAGCAGGCAUUGUAGGACAGCUGAAAAUGAUCACACAGCCUAAAUUCUAGCCUGGCAGCAAGAGUCACAUCUGAGAUGUCAAAAACACAUGAUAGACAUUGAAAGGGGGUGGACUAACAUAUGUGGGACCAUUUUCCCAUUUGCAGUUACGAGAUUAAAGUGCUUUGAAGGUCAUAGUGCUACUGAGAAGCAUGUCGAACAUUCUGUUUGGCUCUUUCACAGUAAACCCUCUUAAAAGUAGAAGACACAUGGCUGUUAGUGUCUGCGUUUAGAUUUAAUCUCCCAAAUAAAUGCCCCCCUUUGCUGCAUAUCACUUCAUCCAGUUAUAAACUAGGGCUUAUGCAAGUACCCACAUUCUAAGGGUGAGUUAUUGAAAUCAGUUGCUAUUUAUGAGUCACCACUGGUCCAGUAGGCAGGGUAUUUGAAGUUAUGGUCAUCAAAAAGAAAUGAUUGUUUUUUGAAAAGCUAAAUGCUUAAAAUACUUCUAGAGGGAAGUGGUAGGGCGUAUGUUCAUUCCCUCUUAAAAUCAGGGUUGUUGAAUUUGUUUUUAAACAUUUUUAUAAGUUCAUGAGAAAAAAUAUAUAAAUUCUAAGAACCAACAUUUUAUUCCCAGAAACAUGACCCUCGCUGGCCUUGGGUCCACAUAUCACUGGACUCUGGGGGACACAGAGAUGCCUAUGACACUUCAGUACUGCCGAGUUAGUCAACAAUUAUUCUGGGAAAAGCAGAAUUGAGUUCUUCUCUAGAUGUCCCACCAGGGUUGGCCAAGGGCCACAAAGCAGGCUAAUAAAUUCCCACAGGAUCCAGACACCAGGCAAAAUUGCUCUAAGAAGUCAGUCACUGUCAUCCCUCUGUGGUUCUAAAACAAAAAUGACAGGUCAUCCUAUGAGCGUCAUGCCAGUGAAACCCUCUCUUCUGGAGAAGCCCUCGAAUCAGAAUUACCUUUUUUCUUGAUGUUAUCAGGUACAGCCAGUUUCUUACUUUUUUUAAACUGUAUGUUUCUGUGGUAUGUAUAUUUGUACACCAAACUACCUGGCAUUUGGAAAUCACAGCACUAUUCAGAGGCAAUUGAAUAAAGAGAAAUUUAAUUU